UAUAGAGCUAAGUAAUCUAGAGAUGGCUGUUGUUAGAAAACUUCUACCUUUUGUGAAAAUAGCUUUCAUCAUUUUAUUAUUAGGUUACAAGAAAACGAUGGUAGAGUCGGCUGGAAUGGACGUUGUUGUGUGGGCGGGUAACAAAGAUGCAAAGCUUCAAUGUUGCGGUUACAACUAUAUAGGAAGGUGCAUGCCUGAGUCUCCAGAUGUAAUCACUUGCAGAAACUUAUGCAGGCAGAGCUCUUGUGGCAUCCUACAAUCCGGCGGCGCGUGCAUGUUUAAGCCAGAUGGCCCACAUCCUUAUCUUUGUUAUUGUCCGUGUUCCCCAUGAUCAAAUUUAAACAAUUGA